AUAGAAUUUUAUGCUCGUUAUGUGGAUGACAUAUUAAUUAUUUUUGAUUCCUGUAUGGUAACACCUCAUGAAAUAGAAGAUUAUGCGAAUACCUUACAACCCAAUAUAAAGUUUACUAGUGAAUUGGAACAGAAUCAGGAAAUAAACUAUUUGGAUGUGACUAUUAAGCGUGAGAAAACGCAAUUGGUGUUCCAAACUAAGAGAAACGUUUUUACCAUGGAAUUGAGGAAAAUACUAAACAGAACAACACUCUAUGAAGAUAUAAAUAAAGAAAUUAAACAAUUAUUUAGAAAAUAUUUAUUGAAUGAUUACCCGAAGAAUAAAAUUUUGGCCAAGCAGGAAAAUAAAAUGUCGAAUGUUAUUAAUAUUAUAAAUACUAAAGGUCGAAAAACAGUAAGAAAUCAGCUUGACGUCGCAGGAGUGGUCUACAAGGUAUCAUGUGAUUGUUUACAAGCGAAAUCAUAUGUUGGAGAAACGGGACGGAAGCUCGAGAUACGCCUAAAAGAACACGAGGCAGCGAUUCGUCUAAAAAGACAAGAGUCACCAUGGUAUCAACAUUGUGUUAAUUAUAAUUGUAAAAUUAAUAGAGACUCUGUAAGAAUAUUGUAUAAAAUGGAAAAUUUGUUUAAAAGACGUGUGGUAGAACAUCUUUGUAUAAUAGAACAUGCAAAUUUGUUGAAUCAGAAUGUCGGUCUUAACGUUGAUGCAUGCUGGGAAAAAUUUAUUUGUAUAAAAGGAAAUAAGUGUCUGGUUGUUGGAUAA